AUGACUGGUAAGCUCCGAGCUUCAUUAUUUGAUGAGGAAGAUUGCCAGAGUGGGAUUAUAGAGACUGAGGAUUCUAUUGUGGAUUCAAAAGAAUCGUUUAUAAAUGACAAAAUAUCUCUAGAUAGUAUUUUUGGGAGGGAAUUGAUUAAUAGUAUUAAGAAUGAGAAGAAAUCUAAGAAAAUGAAGGUAGACUCAAAUGUUCAGCAGAAAUUAUCAUUUAAUUUGGAAUCAAAAAACACACCUAGCAUUAAAAAUAGAUGCACAAAGCUAGAGAAAGUUCCUGAAAACGAGGAGAAAGAAAAUUUCCAUCUAAAAACUUGCUCUGAGAGUUUAACUAAAAAGAUAAAGUCUGGUAAUUCUGGAUUUUUUUCCCCAUUUUCUAUUAAUGUUACAAUUGGGAAUGACGAUAUUCAAAGCCCAAUGUUUGAUCCUUGUAAAAUAAACAAGGAAAAGAUAAUCGCAAAGGGAAAGAGUAAUUCAAUAUUGUUUUCUGUAUUGGCUGAUGCUUUCUCAAGGAUAGAACAGCUCAAAGGAAGUGGUUCUGGAAGUAAAAAAGGAUGCAUUGUAAUUCUGGCAAAUUUGUUUAGAAUGAUAAUACAACAUAAUCCAAGCGAUUUAAUAUAUGCAGUUUAUAUUUGCAUGAACAAAGUAGCUCCCGACUACGAAGGAAGGGAAUCCGGAAUUGGGGAUUCUAUUUUAAUUAAAUGUAUAUCUGAGUCAUCCAGCCGUUCUGAGAAGAAGAUUAAAGAAGAUCAAAUAAGUGGAAAGUUUGAGGAUCUGGGUGAAAUUGCAGCAAACAGCAAAAAACAGAUCAGGCUUCUCUUUGAGCCACCAAGAUUGACAGUACAUGAUGUUUAUAUUGAGUUGUAUUCACUAACAGAAAUUUCAGGUAAACAAUCUCAACAACUUAAAAAAGAUAAGAUUAAAAAGUUAUUAGUUUCAGGCCAGCAGCAAGAAGUUAAAUAUAUAGUAAGAUUUUUACAAGGAAGAUUAAGGAUUGGAAUACAACAGACUACUGUCUAUCAGGCCUUGGCAAGUGCGUUUGUCUUAACCAAAAAUAUCCCAGAAAAUGAAAUGAAUAGUUUUUCUGAUUACAGACUUAUACAAAAUGAGAAAAAAUAUAAGAACUUACAAGAGUUAGAUUCUGAAAUACUUGACAUGGAAAACUCACUCAGAUCAUCCCUUUGCCAACUUCCAAAUAUUGAAAAAAUCAUUAAAGUUGCUAUUCAAGGUGCUUCUAGUGAUGAGAUAUCUGAUCAAUGUAAAUUAACUACUGGAAUACCUUGUGAGCCAAUGUUGGCAAGACCUACAAAAGGCAUUAAUGAAGUACUUAGUAGAUUUGAAAACAUUCUCUUUACUGCUGAAUAUAAGUACGAUGGUGAAAGAGCUCAAAUACACGUAUAUAAGGACAAAUCUAAUAAAAGAGUGAUCAAAAUUUUUACUCGUAAUUUGGAAUCUGCCACAGAUAGGUAUCCAGAUUUAAUACAGUACUUGAAUCAGUCACUUAGUUCGGAUGUAGAAGAUUGCAUUUUAGACUCUGAGGUUGUUGCGUACUCCAAGAAUGAGGAGAAAAUUUUACCCUUUCAAGUUUUGAGUACUAGAAAAAGGAAGAAUGUUGCUUUUGAUGAUAUUCAAAUCCAGAUUUGCCUAAUGAUCUUUGACUGUAUGGAAUUUAAUGGAGAAUCUUUGCUGAAAAAAUCUUUAUUUGAAAGGAGACAAUAUAUGAGAAAAUGCAUCAAUCAGGGCCAGUCUGAGUAUAUUAAAUUCACUACAAGUACUGAAACCGACAAACUUGAGCUUUUGGAUUCGUUCCUCUCAGAGUCUAUUGAAAAUAACUGUGAAGGACUUAUGGUCAAGACUUUGCAUGAAAAUGCGAGCUAUGAACCCUCAAAAAGAUCUCUUAAUUGGUUAAAGAUUAAAAAGGAUUAUGUUGAUGGGCUUACAGAUAGUAUAGAUGUUGUCCCUAUUGCAGCGUGUUAUGGCAAAGGUAAGAGGAAUGGCGUUUUUGGGACCUUUCUUUUAGCUGUAUAUAAUACAGAUGAGGAGGUAUAUGAAACACUUUGUAAAGCAGGUACAGGUUUUUCUGACGAAAUUUUGCAAUCAUUGUUUGCAAGUUUAAAGAAUCACAUAAUUGAAGAAGGGGCUCCAAAAAGUUACUAUAGGUUUGAUUCAAAUGGACAAUUAUCUUCACUUAAGCAAGAUGUUUGGUUUGAACCAAAAUUUGUAUGGGAAGUUAAAGGUGCAGACCUUUCAUUAUCACCUGUGCAUACAGCAGCAAUAGGAAUUGUCGAUGAAAACAGAGGAAUAGGACUUCGGUUUCCGAGGUUUAUAAGAGUCAGAGAUGAUAAAUCUCCAGAACAGGCUACUACAUCAGUUCAGAUUGUUGAAAUGUACAACAACCAGUUAAUAACGGCGAAAAAUGAGGUUAAUAUGAAUGAUGAUCAUUUUAAUGAGGAUGAUUAG